AUGAACCCCGAGUACGACUACCUGUUCAAGCUUCUGCUCAUUGGCGACUCUGGUGUCGGCAAGUCGUGCUUGCUGCUGCGUUUCGCGGACGACACGUACACCGAGAGCUACAUCUCGACGAUUGGAGUGGAUUUCAAAAUCCGCACAAUUGAGCUUGAGGGCAAGACGGUGAAGCUUCAAAUUUGGGACACUGCGGGACAGGAGCGGUUCCGUACGAUCACGUCGUCGUACUACCGCGGUGCGCACGGCAUCAUUGUCGUGUAUGACGUGACGGACAACGAGACGUUCGGGAACGUGAAGCAGUGGCUACAGGAAAUCGACCGGUACGCGUCGGAGGGCGUGAACAAGCUGCUGGUGGGCAACAAGUGCGAUUUGGCGGAUGCGCGCCAGGUGGACUAUACGGCAGCGAAGGAGUUUGCGGACGGGCUGAGCAUUUCGACGCGACCUAAUGUGGAGCAGGCGUUCCUGACCAUGGCGAAGCAGAUCAAGGACAGGAUGGGAGCGUCGAAUGUGCAGCAGCAGCAGCAGAAGAAGCAGGUCAACCUGUCGCAGGCGCAGAAUGUGCAGCAGAACAACGGCGGGUGCUGCUAA